GGCGGGCACGGCGGCGCGCUCAGCCCCGGAAUUAGCGGAUUUAUUUGGAAUAUCCCUGCUUUCCUGGAGACUUGCGGCUGCCGCUGGCUUGUGCGAAGGGAGAAAUUAAUAACUGCGCUCCGGCAUGCAGGCACAGAGACCCCGGAAGCCCAGCAAGAGGCGGCUCCGCCAGCAUCGGCAGCCUCGGAAAGCAUGAGAAGAAAAUCUGGAGCACCCUGCCCGUUCCCAGGGACUGGCUGAUGUUUUUUACCUCACCCUUUCAAUCCGUGAGUGAAGUGGCUGUGGGCGAGCGGCUCCCGUGCUCCUUGAAAGAGAGUCUUUAAUGACUGGAAAACUCAAUGGAUCAUGUUUUUAUCAUCUAAGCUAUUUUUACAUUGACUGUGCUGUAAACACAUGGAGGAGCUCUGGUGGUACAAUGCCAGAAAGACUAACGGAAAUGCUUAUGGAUACAUGGACUCCAUUAAUAAUAUUAUGGAUUACUGUCCUUCCUUCCAUUUAUAUGGCUCCCAUGAAUCAAUCUCAAGUACUACCAAGUGGAUCCAGUACAGGACUAAAAAGGCUAAAUGAAGAACAAAGAGUUUUGCACCGUUCCAAGAGAGGCUGGGUUUGGAAUCAAAUGUUUGUAUUGGAAGAAUUUUCUGGACCUGAACCAAUCUUAGUUGGCCGGCUGCACACUGACCUGGACCCUGGCAGCAGCAAAAUCAAGUAUAUUCUGUCAGGAGAUGGAGCUGGAACCAUCUUCGUGAUCAAUGACAAGACUGGAGACAUCCACGCCAUGAAGAGGCUGGACCGGGAGGAGAAGGCAGAGUACACCCUCACAGCCCAGGCCGUGGACAGGGACACGAACCAGCCCCUGGAGCCCCCCUCAGAAUUCAUCAUUAAGGUUCAGGACAUCAAUGACAACGCUCCUGAGUUUGUGGAGGGCCCCUACCACGCCACGGUGCCAGAAAUGUCUGUUGUGGGCACCUUUGUUACUAAAGUAACAGCUACAGAUGCAGAUGAUCCAGUGUAUGGAAACAGUGCCAAGCUGGUUUAUAGCAUUCUGGAAGGACAGCCUUACUUUUCUAUUGAGCCCCAUACAGCUAUAAUUAAAACAGCUCUUCCCAACAUGGACAGAGAAGCCAAAGAAGAAUAUUUUGUGGUCAUCCAAGCAAAGGACAUGGGAGGACAUAUGGGUGGACUCUCUGGAACUACAACAGUGACAAUUACACUCAGUGAUGUGAAUGACAAUCCUCCUAAGUUUGCACAGAGUCUGUAUCACUUCUCAGUAAUGGAAGAUGUUGCUCUUGGUGAACCAAUAGGAAGGGUGAAAGCAAAUGACCUGGAUAUUGGAGAAAAUGCUAAAUCAUCCUAUGAUAUUAUUGAAGGAGAUGGAAUGGAUGUAUUUGAGAUUACUACAGAUGCCCAAACUCAGGACGGCAUUAUUAGAGUGAGAAAGCCACUGGACUUUGAGACCAAAAAGUCCUACACUCUGAAGGUGGAGGCAGCCAACAUUCACAUCGACCCUCGCUUCCUCAGCGGGGGCCCCUUCAAGGACACAGCAACCGUGAAGAUCGUGGUGGAGGAUGCUGAUGAGCCACCAGUCUUCUCCUCGCCCACCUACCUUCUGGAAGUACAUGAAAAUGCUGCUCUCAACUCUGUGCUGGGGCAGGUGACAGCCCAUGACCCUGAUGUGUCUUCCAGCCCUAUAAGGUUUUCCAUUGAUCGCCACACUGACCUUGAGAGACAGUUCAACAUCAACGCAGAGGAUGGGAAAAUAACUCUGGCAACACCCCUGGACAGAGAAACCAGCACAUGGCACAACAUCACUAUUGUAGCCACUGAAACCAGGAACCACAGCCAGGUGUCCCGGGUGCCUGUUGCUAUCAAAGUUCUCGACGUGAAUGACAAUGCCCCCGAGUUUGCAUCAGAGCACGAGGCCUUUCUGUGUGAGAAUGGGAAGCCUGGACAAGUAAUUCAGAUUGUCAGUGCUGUUGACAAGGAUGAUCCUAAAAAUGGGCAUUAUUUCCUCUACAGCCUUCUUCCUGAAAUGGUCAACAACCCAAAUUUCACCAUCAAGAAAAAUGAAGAUAACACCCUGAGCAUCCUGGCCAAGCACAGCGGCUUCAGCCGGCAGAAGCAGGAGGUGUACCUGCUGCCCAUCGUCAUCAGCGACAGCGGCUCGCCACCCAUGAGCAGCACGGGCACGCUGACCAUCCGCGUCUGCGGCUGCAGCAGCGACGGCAUCGUCCAGUCCUGCAACGUGGAGGCCUACGUGCUGCCCAUCGGGCUCAGCAUGGGCGCCCUCAUCGCCAUCCUGGCCUGCAUCAUCCUGCUGCUCGUCAUUGUGGUGCUGUUUGUGACACUGAGAAGACACAAGAAUGAGCCUCUAAUCAUCAAAGACGAUGAAGAUGUGAGGGAAAAUAUCAUCCGCUAUGACGACGAAGGAGGUGGAGAGGAAGAUACAGAAGCGUUUGACAUUGCAACUUUGCAAAAUCCGGAUGGAAUUAAUGGAUUUUUGCCUCGCAAGGAUAUUAAGCCCGAUCUUCAGUUUAUGCCCAGGCAGGGUCUUGCACCUGUUCCUAAUGGUGUUGAUGUUGAUGAAUUUAUUAAUGUAAGGCUUCACGAAGCUGAUAAUGAUCCCACAGCUCCGCCAUAUGACUCUAUUCAGAUUUAUGGCUAUGAGGGAAAGGGGUCAGCGGCUGGUUCCCUUAGUUCCUUGGAGUCCUCCACAUCAGACUCAGACCAGAAUUUUGACUACCUCAGUGAAUGGGGUCCUCGCUUUAAAAGACUCGGAGAACUUUACUCAGUCGGAGAAAGUGACAAAGAAACUUGA